AUGGACAGGUAUCAAUUAGCGACUAGUCUCUUAGGUUUAUGGGACGAGAAAACCUGGAUGCCAAUCUUUAGAGGUCCAAGAUAUCGCCGCUAUCAAUCAAUUGACAAGAUGAUGGAUCUUAUAGAAAUUGCUGGCAAAUCAGCGCCAGUCUUCCCUGUUGAAGCAGUUCUUUUAAACCCAAUGGAUGAUGAGUGGGAUGAUCAGAUGACAUAUAUCAAUAUCAACUACGGCUGGAUUUGGAGUCAUAUUUUUGUCCACCUCGGCCUUCCAUUGAGCGUUUACAUAUACAACCACAACUUGAUUCACUACAAUGUUCAUUAUCGUGCUCUCAAAUGGUUCUUGCCUUUAGUUAUGGUCUGGCAAUUCGAAAAAUGCUACAAAUAUUACAGAACUCAGCUCACAAAAGGAAUUUUAUUUGAUGAAUAUGUUCAGGCAAGAGCUGACGAGCUAAUUGCCCAAAGAGAACAUCUGCUCCAUACAGACCAAGUUAAAAGAUACCUAAAUUGGCAAAUUGACUACAAAGAAACACUCAAUACCAUUAAAAGAGAACAGACCAACAACCAUGCUAGCGAUUUCAAGCAGGCAGAACUUGCCUUACAAGCUUUUAUCAAUAGAUGGGUCGACCCUGCUGUCGGAAUCAAAUACCCACUGGCUGGCCCACGCUAUCAAUGGGGUGGAUUUUAA